ACCCACACUGCAAAGUGCAAUGGCGAAAUUGAACAAUAACAGCCAUCGCUUCUCGGUACCAUAUGUAUUAUGUCGUUAACAUUAAAGAAAACAGAAUCAUUCUCCUGGAGAGUCACAUCAUGCAACAUCUGUAAAUUUAUCGCGCGCGGGGCUGCGACUAGGAGUAUUCUACUGUCUCUGCAAGCGAUGACAGUUUAAAACGCGGGUCUUAGGCGUACUGAGGGAAUCAUGGCCACGGAAGAACCAUCCCCUCCGUCGUCCAUGGAGAGCAACAAACCCGGCUUCCCCAAACAGAUCCUGGCCAACAAGCUGGAAGAUAAACACCUGUGUAACUGCUGUCAGAAGCUGCUGCGGAGGCCCUUCCAAGCCCAGUGUGGACACCGCUUCUGUUCCUACUGCUUCAAUAGGACUGUCAGAGAUGGACCUCAGAAAUGCAGUGCUUGUAUCAAAGAGGACAUUUUUGAAGAGCCCACGUCGAUUCUAAAACAAGGCUGUGCUUUUCCUGACAACGCAGCUCGACGAGAGGUCGAAAACCUCUCUGUUGUCUGCAUCAACGAAGGCUGUACAUGGAAAGGCAAUAUUAAAGAAUAUGAGUUGAGCCACGAGGGGAAGUGUGACUACAUGAUCAUCCCCUGCCCCUCCUGUAAAGAGCAGAUCCGCUUCAACGAACAGGAACGCCACAACGAGCGAGAGUGCCCUGAGAGAACUCUCAACUGCAAGUACUGCAAGGAACCAUUUCAUUUCAAAAACAUCAAGGCCCACGACGAGAUCUGCCCCAAGUACCCCAUGAUCUGUGAAGGCUGUGCCAAGAAGAAAAUACCCAGGGAGAAGUACGUGGACCACAUUAAGUUCUGCAGCAAAUUCAGAACGCCAUGCAGAUUCCAUGUUGUUGGGUGUGAUAUGUCAGUGGAGAAGGAGAGGAUCCAUGACCACGAGAGGGCCUGCACCUAUGAGCACCUCAACUUGCUGCUGCACUACAUUAUGGGGAUGAAGGUGAGCAUGGAGGGCCUGCAGCCGCAAGGCCUGGAGCUGGCUGGACACAAGCUCCUGGAGCUCCACCAUUCCCUCAGGGAGCUGGAGGCACGCGUCUCCCAGCUCAGCACUACAUCCACCGGGCCUCCCGUGCAGGGGGCCACCAACUCUUCUUCCUCCCCGUGCCUCUCCGGGCCUCCCGCCCUAGCUCUUCCCCUGCCUCCACCUCCCGCCCUGGCCCCCACCCUGACUGUGUCCACCUCCUUCACCCCCUUGCCCAGCUCGGUGGGGGCGGCCCUGGAGCUACAGCUCCACAGUGAGAAGACCAAGGUGGCGGAGCUGGGACGCAGGUGCACCGACCUGGAGGUGAAGGCGGGGAUGUUUGAGAAUGUGGUUUGCGUGUUGAACCGAGAGGUGGAGCGCUUUGCCACAACCAUGGAGGCCAGUAACAGACAGCAUCGCCUAGACCAGGAUAAGAUUGAGGCCCUGAGCAACAAGGUGCGGCAGCUGGAGAGGACGGUGGGGCUGAAAGACCUGACGGUAGCAGAGAUGGAAGGCAGGCUGAGGGAGAUAUCGGGCACCACAUUCGACGGCGUCUUCAUCUGGAGGAUUUCUGACUUUACCAAAAAAAGACAGGAUGCCAUCGCUGGCCGAGCUCCUGCCAUGUUCUCACCAGCCUUCUACACCAGUAAAUACGGCUACAAGAUGUGUCUGCGGAUCUACCUGAACGGGGACGGGACAGGGCGUGGCAGCCACCUGUCUCUGUUCUUUGUGGUGAUGAGGGGACUGAGUGAUGCUCUGCUCAAAUGGCCCUUCAACCAGAAGAUGGUCUGCCUUUGUCUCCCUGCUUCCGGUUCCGGUUGGAGCGAGCGGUCGCAUUCGCACUUCGCUCUGCAGGUGACUCUGAUGCUGCUGGACCAGAGUAACAGGGAGCACAUCAUCGAUGCCUUCCGGCCCGACGUCACUUCCUCCUCCUUCCAGAGGCCUGUAAGUGAGAUGAACAUCGCCAGCGGCUGCCCGCUCUUCUGCCCGCUCUCCAAGCUCGACGCCAAGAACUCCUACAUCCGCGACGACACCAUUUUCAUUAAGGCCAUCGUGGAUCUCACAGGCCUCUAGGAUGCACCCUUUGAAGUGGAAGCGCAAGACAACCGAGCAGCAAUGUGGCCAUUCAGGCUUAAUUUUGGCUGCUUUUGAGCACCAUUUCGGCUCCAUUUUGGUCCCCUUCAUUAGUAGGGAGACUGACAUGCAUGCUACCGUGUGCUGCAUGUGGCUCCAGUUUGCCCAGCUCAGGAGGCCCUUGCACUGUUGUAGCUCUACCAUCUCUUAAUGCCACAAUACUGGUUCCUCAUGGUGCUUGAACCCCAGUUGGUGUGUAGCUUUAUUAUUUGUAUCCAUGGAAAUAACUCUAGAAUAUAGUCUCAAUAUUUAGUAGGACAGAACCUGUGGUAUUUAAAUGGGGAUAUGUGGCAAUUGAAUUGAUUUGGAGGGCAUCUUUUUCUCUUUGUUUUUCAUAAGACUUCAUUGGGUCUCAGAGAGAGUGAAUUGUAGCCGUUAGAGAAUAGCAAAAAGAGGGAUAUGAACCUUUUCCUUGUCAGUGUAGAAAACUGCCCCACUGCUUAUUGCAGAAGUAGAGCUUAUCGUGGCUUGGUGCAGCAGGGUAUUCACUUUAUCUCUUGUUUCCGAUCUCAACCCGAGUCAUUUUGAUUGUGGAUAUCGUGAGCUUCUCAAUGCCAUUGUUGAGUACAUUUGCAUAGACAAACGUGGAGUUAUGUUAUGAAUAAGAAUAUGGGCAUUUGUUUGCCUUUUUGCGCAAAUUGCAUGCGGGCUAUCUUUUAUUGGCCUUGGUGUUGAAGUGCUCGCUCUUUUCAUUGGGCUGCUGAAGGGAUCCUUCCUUGUUUGUUAUUACACCUGUUAGUGAGUUAAACCAUCUGUGAUGGUGGACAUUGCCUGCAUGUCUUGGAUCCAGGCAUAUACUUUUACAUUUACUUGUUGGUGUUGCGUUUCUUGUUCCUCUUUAGGGGUUGAGGCUUAUGGGAUUGGUGGUUCGGUACAUCUGUGGAAGAUACAGUGGAGUUAUCAGGGUGUUAUAAGGCAGCUUGCCAAUCAAAGCCUGAGGCAUACAAGUGUAUUUCUAUCACUGGUACAUACAUCAAGCUGGAAGAGCUUUCCCCUCCAGGAAAUGCUCAUUACAGUAGCUCAUAUAUUAACACAUAGUACUGUGCCCCACCACAGAUGUUAAUACAGGUUCCAUGAACUGAAGGAAUGGUGUGUUCCUUGUUUUCUGUUCAUAUUACAGUGUGGUACAUUUGUAUGUAGUUUUGCUGCUAUGUCAGAUAUGUUGGUGAUGUAAAACAAAUGUGUUGCGAUCAAUGCGAAAUUUAGCACAGACAGUUGAAGGUGUAAAGUGGAAGGAUAAAGAGAGAUGUAACCACGAAGUGAAAACAAGUGAAUGUGAUGGUAUACUUUGCCAUUGGACCAUAGUGGUUGAUCAUCGUUAAUUGAUGUUUGAUGUAACUCUAGAUAAAUCCCAUUAACCUGUGGGUGACAGUGAAACCUCUUAGCCUAGGUGGUAGUCUUAUGAUUCAUGAAGCCCCACAAAUGACACUGACCAAAAUGCUAAAUCUGAGGAAAUCCUUUAGAUCUGAAAUGUAUCUGUAGGUUGUAUGCUUGUCCAUUAGGGGGUGCUGUUUUACUUGGUACGCCUGUGUGCGUCCCCAAUAGUCUUCCCCCUCUGGACUUGUGUAGGGGUUUUCACCUACCUGUUUUGAAACCAGUCUUGACCUGUUUUGAAACCUCUCUGUGCAUGGGAGGGUUCAAUUCAUAUUCAGUAUCGCAGUUUGUGGUUGGCUUACCUCGUAGACCAAUGGCGAAUGCAUUUAUUUGCAUUUAUUUGGAGGACUAUAAAUAAAGAUGUUAGUUAUUAUUAUGUCAUAUCUCACACAGCUUCUGUUCAACACAAGCAGAUGCCUAUAUAUAUAUAUAUAUAUAUUCAUAAGAAUUUAUAAAUAUAAUAUCAUAAUGUUGAACAAUUCAAUAUAUUGAUGUUACUAUACCCAUAUUGUUAUUAAUAAAUAUAGUAUAGUUGAAUAUAUUAUUAAUGAUAUAAAUAAUACCUACUUUUUGUUUGUCGAGGUGGUUUAAGACAAGUCUGGAAAACCCCUUAAAGUAACCCAAAUACAUCAAAUGCUGUGCCACAUAAUACCAAACAUGGCACCCCAUUCUCCUGGGUUAACUGAGGGUUAAAAACCAAAAUAUGAAGUGGUUGUGUUUACAUUCCCCAAAAUGACCCUUUAAAGGUUCCCACAGUACUUCUGUGUCACAUAACUGUGCUUCUCAACCUUUUCUGUACCACUGGGGCCGGAAAACAAUGGUCCCUCUUGUACCAAGAACCGUCAAGUUGCUAUGGUCCUUCCUCCUCGAAGGACUCCUUAGGCCUAUAUCAAAACAGCACUUGAGAUCUGGCUACAUUAUUGUCAGCUAACCAUCUGAUGGACCGGUCAGCAGCAUCCCUGGGACUGGUGCCAGUCCACAGGCCAGAGGUUGAGGACCACUGAUUUUUUGUCUUCUGAGAUAGGGUGCAUUGGUUGUUAUUAUAGGUAGUAUUUGCGCUCUGAACAUCAUAUUUGUGCAGUCAGUGAAUAUGGUGUUUGGUCCUUUGAUGGUUAUAGACAGGGUUUGGUUCUGCAGGAGUUGAUUCUGACUAUGUUCAUUAUAGGGCGAAUCCCUCCUGCAGAUGUAGCUUUUUUAGCAUCAAACUGGAGAAGUUGUUCAGUCAUUUUACAGCCCUCAACGAAAAGGAAUUCAUAUAUAUUCUUUCCUUUCCAUAAAUACUUAUUCUUGUGUUGUGCCAGAAUGUUAUAUUACCUCCAAAUUAUUGCAGAAGCUGUGUUAUACAUUGUACUUGUAUUCUAUGCUAAAAAAUGGUGCCAAAUAUACUUAGAGAAAAAAUAGAUGUUAUGUACAUAUGAAGGUUUAUGGUUUGUAUUUUUGUUUCAUUCCAAUGUAAUGCAUGGGUCACUUUUGGAACCACCUAGACUGAUGGAGUACUUUCAGCAAAAUAUUUCCUCAUAAUCCAAUAAUAUACCUUUCUUUAGGUCUCUGAAUGUAAAGCUUUAAUGCAGUGGUCCUUUACUCUUUCUGGGAGAGAAAAACAGUUCUGUUUUAACAGUUGUUGAUGCAGUUGAAUUUAAUGAACUUUAAUUGUGCACUUUGUAUUAUUUAAAUGUGAAACAGGGUACUACUUUGUUCUGUGAUUUGUAUACUGUGAAGUCAGAGCUAUAUACAUUCUGAUUUGUUGAUCAUGUAUGUUCUCUAUACGCUGUAAAGGCUGUACCAGGACAUGUAGUAUGCAAUAAAUUUGUCAUUGGA